AUGGAGGCUGAGAUGUUGCCUCACCUGGAGGUGUGCACAUGUGGGCCUGCCCCACCUGUCUCUCAUCUUCUCUCUGCAGUUGUGGGCUCUGCCCCCCAAGUGCACAUCACGGGGCCAGAGGAGGAUGGGGUACGCGUGGUGUGCACGGCCUCGGGCUGGUUCCCAGAGCCUCAGGUGCAGUGGAGACAGCCCCGUGGGGAGCAGUUCCUGGAGUUCUCCAAGGUCCAGGCACAGGACACUGAGGGCCUGUUCAGUGUGGAGGCCGCUCUGGUGGUGAGAGACAGCUCUGCGGGGAGCGUGACCUGUUCCAUCCUCAACCCCGUCCUGGGUCAGGAGAAGGUCAUGGCCAUUGUCAUCCCAGAGCCCUUCUUCCCCUGGGCCACUCCCUGGAAGCCGGCUUUCCUGGUGAUCCUGCCCUUGUUGCUGCUCCUGCUCCUGGGGGCUGCCUGCUACACCCAGAGAGAACAUUCCACACAGAUGCGGGAGCUGCAGGAACAAAUGAAUCUGUGUGGGGCUAAGGAGAAGGACAGACAGGCCAAGGAGGAGGCCUUGACGGACACAGAGGAACUCCAGGCAAUUCUAGGCCAGAGGAAGGCAGCUUACCUGGCUGCCUGGAGGAAGGCCCAGCUGUAUGCAGAUUGGAGGAAGGAGAAGUUCCGGGCCUGGCCUGUCACUCUGGAUCCAGGUUUUUGCAGUCAUGGAAUUGUCCUCUCUCAUGACAAGAAGAGUCUGACCUGUUAUCAUGAAGGAAUAGAAGGAGGAUACAGAGUUUGGGGUAUUGAGGGCAUCACAUCAGGCCGCUGUUACUGGGAAGUAGAGGUCAGGAGUUCAGACAGAACUGUGUGGGCACUGGGGGUCUGGACAAAAGAUGAGGAAAAUAGAAACGGUGCUGUGUCCCCACUGAAAAGGAAAUGGGUUAUUGGCCGGAACCAUAAUAUUUUCAAAGCCAGUACUGACCUUCCUAUUCUACUACCCCUUAGGCGGGUUCCCCACAGGGUGGGGGUUUUCCUGGACUAUGAUCAUGGGGAUGUCUCCUUCUAUGACAUGACUGAUGGCUCCCACAUCUUCUCCUUCCCUCCUGAGUCCUUCUCUGGGACCCUCUUUCCAUAUUUUGUCUGCCAUUUAGGAGACGUGUCCCUCACCUUUUGCCCCCUGGAGGCUGGGCCCCAGAAGCCCUCUGUGCCCAUGAACAAUCCUCCUUCUCUGAAGGAGCCUACUGUGUCCCCAUGA